UGGCAAAAAAAAAAGACUGUGAAGUCAUAAAGCAGAAAAUGAAAGUGUUCUCAAAAGCAUACACAAGGGGGAAAACCUUAAAAACCAAAAAAUGAUGAACGAAAACUUCUUCUACAGAAUAAUUAAAUUUCAAGAUUUUGAAGAAACAGGAGCCUACGAAUGCCUUCAAAGUAUCCUAACCCAUCUCAGAAUUUAUACACAGGAAAGGAGGAAUAUUAGAGCCUGCUGUAUCAUGAAUGCUUUUGGCUUGAUACAAAUUGGCCUCAUACUGUUGUGCACCACCAUCAUCUGCAAUCAUCAGUGCAACCAUCUUCUAUUACAGCAAAGAAAAAUGAUUGAAAACAGCCUGCAACUUUUGGACAAAAUGGGCAAAAACUUUCCUCAACGAUGUCUAAGAGAGAAAAUGUCCUUCAGAUUUCCUAAGCAGGUUCUACAGCCCAGACAGAAAGAGACUGUCAGAAUUGCCAUUGAAGAGAUCUUCCAACAUAUAUUCUAUAUCUUUAGCAAAAAUCUAACUCUAGCUGCUUGGGAUGGGGCAGCUUUGGAUCAGUUCCAAAAUGGACUUUAUCAGCAAAUUGAGCAAUUGGAAGCAUGUGUAAUCAAAAAGCACACCCACUACUGUUGGAGUAAAGAAGUAAGCAGGCUGAAACUGAAAAAAUAUUUCCAAAAAAUAGAUUGUUUUCUUAAAGACAAACAACACAACCUGUGCUCCUGGGAGAUCAGCCGUGCAGAAAUGAGGAGAUGUCUCCAACUGAUUGAUAAAGUGACAAGGAAACUUAACAACUAAGGUACAAAGAUUUUAACCUCACAUAAAUUAUAACACUUGUAAAGAAAUAUUAUGUAUAAUAUUUAUUUUUGGCUCUAUAAUCUAUC